AUGGCAGACCUUGCCUCGAAGACGCAGGCCCAGCACAUGGUGAUGGACACUCUGGCUCUGGCAGUCUGCUCAGGCGCCAACUACCUGCUGAGGCACCACGAGGCGCGCCGGCGCCUGCUGCCGCUGCUGGCGUUCCCCCUGUUCUCACUCGCUGACAUCACCUUCAUCUACCACGAGCUCAAGGCAGUCCAGCUGCGGACGCUCAACCGGGAGCGCGCGGAGCUGGUGGCUGAGGGCUGGGUGGAGCGGGGCCAGGUCCCCACUUUCGCUGACGUCAGCGCCCGGGAGCGUCUCUUCCUGCCGCCCCGCGUCCGUGGCAACCUGCUGCCCCUCCGCAUCCUGCCCCUCGAGCGCGUCGCGGCGGGGCCCUGCGAGCUGCAGCGGCUGAUGCGGCGCCACAGGGGCGACGCGUACAUGCUGGCCGUGAAGCGGCCGGAGCGGCUGCCGGCGCCGCUGGCCGCGGCGGACUGGCUGUGGGGCAGGUACUGUACCGCGCCGCAUGUCCGCGUGGCUCUGGCGGAGCGCGCCACGCCGCAGGACGUGGGCACCGCCAUCCUGCACGCCGCCUACCUGCGGCGCUGCGUCGCGGACGCCCUCGACCGGCGGCGCGCCCACUGCGGCGGCGACGGCAGCGGCAGCGGCGGCGGCGGCGAUAACAGCGGCGGCGAUGCGGGCGCGGGCUCGCAGCGGGCGGGGACGCACGACGCGGGGCUGCUGUCUGAAGAGGAAAUGGAGCGCUGCGUGGAGGAGAGCCGGCGCCUCGCGCGGCGCCACGGGCGGCGCUUCUUCGCAGACACGGCCGCGGCGGGCUGGAAGACGCGGCGGCUGCUGCUCUCGCCGCUGGAGCGCGCGGGGUACGCGCUGCAGUGA